AUGAUGCAAAUGGGACUCGAAAGUGCACCUAUUGUGAUGGUGAUCACCUUGUUGAGAAGUGAUUUUAAGCUCCAUGGUUAUCCCGAGUGGUGGGAGGCACUCAAGACCCACAACUUGGCUCCCAAAGCUGCUUGUAUCGUAACUUCCGAUGUUUCCUCAUCUCAUAAUUUCCUCCCUGACUCCAACCUCGACUCGGAUCUUACGACUCACAAGACAAUUGGGCCUGGUAAAUGGAGAGAGGGGUUGUUUUCCUUGGUGAUCUCAUCACCACCAAGUUCAGCUCAUGCUCGUUCUGCUAGUCCCAACUCACAUGUUCAAGAUCAACAUUAG